GAAGCGCGGUAUAAUUUCACCGAUUAUACACUGUGCGUGUGGUGUAUAUUUGUUAGGGAAUAACGCCACCUAGAGCUGAGAGAGAGAGAGAGAAAGAGAGAGGUAGUGAACGCAGGUAUCCACGCGCUGUGCAGCACGCUUCCCUCGCCUUCCAGAGACAAACAGACACAGCUAAAGGCACCCAUCUCACGUCAGCCAUUUGUACCUCCACCACCACCAGCACCCGUCAUACGCGUAUUCUCAAUUCGACCAGAUCCACGCAUAAACAUGGAGCUUGGAAAAGAUACACCCGCAGAGACCAACGGUGCAGACGCUGGCAUCACCGACAAGAGCAAGAUACCGAGGCCGUACAAGUGCCCUAUGUGCGAUCGUGCGUUUUAUCGUCUGGAGCAUCAGACCCGCCAUGUCCGUACUCACACCGGCGAGAAACCGCACGCAUGCACUCACCCAGGGUGCGAGAAGAGGUUCUCUCGCUCUGACGAGCUGACACGCCACAUCCGCAUACACACCAACCCGGCACGACGAGGUGCUCGCAAGGCGAAGAGCAACCCGAACUCGGACGAUGAGGGCGACCCGAUGCACUCACGCCAGCACUCACCGACGUGGCACGAUACCUUCGACUCGCAUGAUGAUAUGUGCUACCCCGCGUCGGCCCAGAUAUCUCGCGGACCCUCUCCUCCCCCUGGAGCAUACCACAUGCAGCACCCGCACGGUGGCCCUCCCUCGUCUGUUAUCACCUACCGUCACAACAACACGCACUACGGUGGAUACGAUCACUACGGCGGGCAUGGGCAACUCAACCGAGUACCGAGUCACAUGGAUACGCUGGCACUCGCCGCGUCGGAGCAGUUGUACCAUCUCGAGCGAGCAGAGGCAGCACGCAGAGCAGCGUUUGAGAUCAAACGCAGUCCCCAAGUCGGCACGGCCGCACCUGUUUCCUCUGAGCGAUUCACCGCGCUCAAUCGCCGCUCUGUUACAAGUAGGAGCCACGACGACCUUGCACGAUACAAUCGGGACAUUGGCGGAUUUGGUCUGCCCCCUCCUGUGGGAUACCAUAAUUCAACAGCAUACGAAUACACGUCAAGCGGGCCGUCAAGUGCCUACCCGCACCAGAAGGCAUCAUCCCACUCCCCGCCAGCAUCACUUUCCCCAGAAUCAGCCUAUCGCGAGCCGGCCUACCCCGGAUCCGCCCACUACACACCCUCUUCUUCCCCCACCUCUGGAUCCGCCUGGGGCGCCGCGCACUACAAUAGGAUGCUACCGCCCCUGUCCGGUUCCGUCUCGAGCGGACCUUCCCCAGCCCCCAGUCGCCAUACUAGCCGAGCGACUUCACCUGUUGGAUGGGGAUUCUCGAAGAUGGCUCUUACGGAUAGGGACAGGGAACCCGAAGGCCAUUCGGCCUCCGCGGAACGGGGACCACACGCCCACCAUACUCUGCAUCGACACAGCAUGCGCACUGCUCCCUACACCGUCCCCGUCAUAGAACCCAGCCGGUUGCGGAAGUCAAAGUCGGGCGAGCAGCUGCAGUACGAGUACACCCAGUCCCACGGAAGUGGGAUCCUCACGCCUUCGACGACGAGUAGCAGCGCGUCAAGUCCGUACAAUGCCAACUAUGUCGUUGCCCCCGUUUCGGCCACCACUGCGCCCACGUCGCCUGUCUCGUCCCGGCCUCCAAGCCCGACGAGGGGGUAUCACCACUCGCACAAGAGCCACGCGCGGGACUUUGGCAUGACUCCUAUCCAUACGGCCACGAGCAGCGCUCGGACGACGCCGCCUGGUGGUGAGCCUGAGGGCCUGAUCCAGCUCCCUCCCCUGCAUAUUGGCGAGAACCACGGGUCGCCCGUUGCGCUCCCAUCAUUCAGGGAGAUGGAGAACCUGGGCAUGGACGUGGACACCCCUCCCGCGAUAACCCCUCCCGCCAUAGCGGCUGAGCAUUAACGACGUAGGUACGGCUGUGCGCGGUGCGACGGCCGUCGACGAUGCCCCGUUAUACCUGUUGUUGUUGUUCUCUCGAUCUGGUCUCUCCUCUCUCUGGCCGCUCUGCCAGGACAUGCAUUAAUCACCCAUAGACGCGCCAAGUCCGACAGAGCUGAGGUUACGCUACGACUCAUACUCGACAGACCCCGUCACGAAAAAAAACCAAGUCCAGUACGAUCGAUAUAUGCUGCUGCUGAUUUUUUCUGCUCGGCCCUGGUCUCCACUGUAUCCUUUGCCCCCGCAUUCUCCUCAUCCCUACCCAACCGUUCUUACUACUACUGCUCUCUGGUCGCCCUCCCUCCUCAACGAACACAUUAACUAUUGAUAGAGAUUCCUCAUGCCCCCUUUUUUCCUCUUCUGGCCUUCUCGUCUGCCUCCUGUCUCCCUACUACCUACAAGUUGUCUCCCUGCUUAUGACGAUGAACAUCCCGACUCCAUAGAUGUCUGUUUUUCCUUCCUCUUCUUACCCGCGCGCUCGCAUAUUUAUGGUAGACCGUGACACGCCCUUCUCCCACAACCAAGCCGCAUGCAUUCCAAUGCUAGACCCGCAUGUCGAAUCAUGUUGGAAGAAGCUCAAGAAUACAACAGCAGCUCAACAUGGAAUGGCAGCGAGUGCGGAACCCCCAUUAUCCUAGGAACUACUUCUUAGUGCUACCAUGCUACCAUGCUAUCAUGCUAUUGCCUGAGUGAUCUGUAGGCUAUAAUAAAUUA